AGUACAAUGUUAACAUCUAUGCCUAUGGCACCAUCUACCUCUGUGAACAGUUCUGGACUACCAAGUCCAACUACUGAUAUAUUUGAUGAUGUUUCAAACAAAUUAACGGCAUAUUUACAUCAAUUAGCUGGAACUUAUGAGAUGGACAGUGAUGUGAUAUUCAAAGAUCAUUGUUAUGCUCGACCUUGGAAUUGGAAGCCUGAGAACGCUUAUGUAAAACCUGUAAAAAAGCUGUUUUUUUCAAAAAAUAUUGCAAGUGAUAAGCAUAGAAAAGAUGAAGAAAUUGACGUGGAAAAUAUUGGCAGUGAACCAUUACCAUUGCCUUUUGACUUAAGUCGAGUUCGACAUAUGAUGGAUGAAUUUGAACGUUUAGCGAAUUUUGCGCGACCCGAGGAAGAGGAAGAAGAGGAUUGGGAAGACAAAAUAGAGAAAACUCUAUGGUCUCCCACCCAGAAUCGGAUAUUUACCAAAGUAACACGGAUAUUAAGCUCGGAAAGACUUGCAAGAUUAGCCAAGGCUAAUAGCGUAACGGAACCGAUCUUUCGAAGGACAUCAGUGGAUAUUGCUGCAAGAAGAUUUCGGGAAACGUUAGCUGGAUCAACUGGAUGGGACUGGAGAUUGGCUCAAUGGCUGCAUAAUUUGCUAUUCGAGCAUCUUCCUCAGGAAUAUUUAGCCAUUUAUCUCGAUAUUUUACAGGCCUUGAGAUUAAAGAUUCCUCAGCUAAUUGAUAAAAUGAUCGCUGUGCAACCAAAUAUUAAUUCUAAGGGAGGUUCCAUAACAUGGGAAACGCUUGGAUCACUCUUAAAACGAUCUUGGGAUCCGAUCGCACAGAAUUUGAACGGAAAUAGACUUAAGAAAUUGCCUGGAAAUCCGAUCUUAAUAAUAGUACCUUCUGGUAUAGCAUCGGCUGUUUCCUCUCGUCAACAUAAAUGGAUUACACAGUUGGGAUCGUUAGGCAUGGUUGCUACUGUCCAUACUCAUAUAGGUUUGGCAGUAAACAGAAUGACUAUGAUGGUAUGCAUGGAUCAAUUGGUUCAGGCUACAAGAGCUAAGAUACAUGAUGUCAGAAGUGACUGUCCUGGUAGGCCAAUCAUACUCGUAGGUUUCAAUGCUGGUGCAGCGCUUGCUUGUCAGGUGGCCCAGAUGGAACACAUAACUGCUGUUAUCUGCAUUGGAUUUCCUUUCACAACGGUUGAGGGAAAACGAGGUACACCUGAUGAUGUGUUAAUGGACAUUCGCUGUCCUGUCAUGUUUAUUAUUGGACAAAAUGCUACUCUCGUUAGACCAGACGAUUUGGAAGAACUCCGUGAAAAGAUGCUGGUCGAGACGAGUUUGGUAGUCGUGGGUACGGCCGAUGAUUAUCUCAGAAUAUCCACGUCUAAAAAGAUACUCGAAGGCAUCACACAGAGCAUGGUGGACCGAUGCGUGUUAGACGAGAUUGGAGAUUUCAUCGGUAGCAUUCUUUUGCAACCACAUCCAUUACCGCUGCGACCAGCAAUAACGACAAACUGUGAUAAUAAGAACAAAAAGGAUUCUCAUAAACGAAGAAACUCGACCAGCAGUUCGGUAGAGAGCGAACCCAACUCACCGAUCGUGAAAAAAUCCCGGCCAAACACACCAGUGUCUUCCGCACUAUCACUUGGGACGAACGUGGCGUCGAGCUCGGUUUCCAAAACUGGUACAUUCAGUACUCAGGCCAAUUUGGUGCAAAUAAGCGGACAAUAUACAAAUCAUACUUCCACCGUGAAACGAAAACGACCUACAAACAAUCAAAGAAAUCAACUCUCAGAAUUGAAAAAUUCCAAGCUUCCUGCACAGGCAAAUGUAAAUUCGGAAAAUGGCAUAACGCUUAAUAUCGGUACUUUGGCGAGUCUGGCACCAGUAGGGCCGAUACGUUUAGCACCCACUACAGUGAGUCAAGCCACAACCGUUCCCUGUAAAACAUCUAACGUGUCUAAAUCCUCAGCCGCAACUGUUAAAAUGCCGAAGAUUAUUUCAAAUCCCCUGCAGAAUGUUUCGAAGAUGAAAACUAUAGUAUCUUCUAAUAAGUCUUAUUCGAAUAUGAUCUCAAAUAGUUACAGACAAGUCAAUGCACCUGACAAAAGUGGAGACGCGAAAUUAGUAAACGUUUUUACCAUGGGAAAUCAGGUUAGAGUGAAUACAGCUUCUGCAGGAGGAAAUAGUAAGCUUACGGCGACAAGUGGCACGUUAUCGAAUCUUUUGCAAAGUGAAAAGAACCCUCUUACAAUCACCAGCGGUGCAUCCGCCGCUCGUACAUCAUCGGCUUCUAGUAUCUUAUUAACAACCACCAAUUCAUCAACAAAUACCGUAACAUCAUCCACAUCGUCCCCUUCAAAAGUGAUCGAAGAGAUGGGAGUGAGCAAUGAUUCUCACUUAUUGGACGUAUCCAAGUCGGCGCACUUACCACGACAAGGACCAGUGUCCAAUAGUACUGAUAACUCCCAUAAUACAUCGUGUGGUAACAUAGUCAUUGUCGAGAAUUCCCUUCACAAUAGAAGCGUGCCUUCGUCGAUGAUAGUCCCGUUUAAUAGUCAAAGUUCCGGUUUUCUGCCGUUAUCCAACAAGUUGAAAAUCUCACAAAAAUCAAUGAAGACAAUGCCAAAGAUUACAGUCAACGCCACCAACUUGCAGAAAUUUCAAAAAGGAAAGUCCCAAAGCAUUCAGAAGAGAAACAUUGCAAACGAUAUAGACGAUGAUCUAGGAAAUAUAUUGGAUAUACCAAUAAUAUUCGCCAAAGACGACGACAAUUUGAGCAACAUAAACAAGAUGCCAGUAGUAACACAAGCGACGCUGGCUAAGGAAUCUCAGGAGAGACCAAAAUUGAACAAUACCACCAAGGUAGUUUUAAUCAGCAAUAAGCAAGACAAGCUGCAACAGAUACCAAAUAAAUUAGGGGCUACUUCUACACAGGCCGUUAUAUGUCCCAAUAUGCCUGUGCAAAACUUAAAUCAGUUGAUCCUACAGACGCGAGCGCAGAACAGUAACAUCUCGGCAAAAAGCAGGAUAGGAAUGCCAUUGGAAAAUCGAUUGAUACAACCUACUGUAAAGUAUACCAAGAUUAUAUUGGCGAAAAGAAAUUCGCAAUCCGCUCAACAAAACGAGAGAGACGAGCAGAUAAUUACAACCAAGAAAAUUAUGGAAGAUAUAAAUGCGCCUAAAAUCCUGACUUUUGAGAAAAAUGAGCAUAGAUUCGUGCAAGCACAAUCUUCCACACAUUUUCCGGCAUCAACAACAAAUUACGAUGAUCAUAAUAUAGAUAACGUAAUCGAGAUUGAAGAUGCUAUUAAAAAGAAUAUCAUCGAACGUAAAUGCAUACCCGCACCUGCAAUCGACGAGACACCAUCCGUAACUCUCGAUGAUGACUGCAAUAUUUUUAACAAAAUUAAACCAGAUGAGAAUGAACAUGAUUCGAAACAAUCUGUUUUCGGCAAUGUUGGUGAACGAACAUAG